AUGAGUAGUGAUAGCGAUUCUGCAGGUACCGUCACAUCUAGAAAAAGUGAACAUGUCACUAUGCGUCGAACAAAAAAGAGUCAUCUUAAGAGCGGCCGACACGACAUAUCGCAUGACACGAAUAAAAUUAAUUUUAAAGUUCCUCAAUUUGCAUCUGAGGAUCCUGAACUUUGGUUUGCACUUCUAGAAAACCAAUAUGAAAGCUACAAUGUCACUGAUGAUUUAAUUAAAUUUGCCACUGUAAUCAACAACUUAGAUAUUGCACAUGCGAAGUCAGUAAAAGAUAUCAUAAUGAAUCCGCCAGUCACAAAUCGUUACGACAAGAUCAAGAAUGAAAUUCUUCGACGUCUUUCGGCCUCCCGCGAACUCAAGGUCAAACAAUUGUUAAACCAAGAGAAGCUAGGCGACAGGAAACCGUCGCAGUUUCUCCGCCAUCUUCAAGAUUUGGCUGGCACCUCUGCCACUGACGACCUUAUUAAGCAGAUCUGGACUAACCAGUUGCCCAUCAACCUCCAAACUGUGCUAGUAUCCCAGCCAAGUCACUCUCUGGAACAACUCGCGGACUUAGCGGAUCGUAUUCACGAGCUUACUACACCAUUUAAUGUCGCAUCUACGUCAUCAAGUUCUGCGCAGCCUUGCCAGCAUAGCGAGAUCGCAGAACUAAAGCAGAUGGUGGAACGCUUAGCCUUGAGAUUGGAGAAGCAUACUCAAGGCAGACCUAAUCAUAACAGGAAAGCCGAUAACUACCGUUCCAGACCACAGCAGCGAAACCGAUCAUCUUCGCGACAAAGAUCACGGUCAAACUCCAGCUACCGGCGGUACCCUAUAUGCUGGUACCAUUCGAAGUACGGCUCAAAAGCGCAUCGAUGCAUGCAGCCAUGCGAUUUUAAUAAGCCGGAAAACUCCAAAGGCGGUCGCUAA